AUGGCAUCGUUGGAGCGGCGCUGCAAGAACCGUGGCGUCGUCAGGGCCAGCGUUACACGAACCAUUACGCUCCUGACCGACGAACUUCAGGCCACGGCUCCCGAUGCCGCUCAAGUUGAUUCUCACAUUACAUACCUGACUCAGAAGAACGUCGACCUCGGCAACCUCAACAAGCAAAUUCUCGACGCCACGGACGAUGACGCUUAUGACGAAGAGCUCGAGGCCGCGGAAGACUACGACCGGAAGGUGUCCUAUGCCGUGUCUCGAGCGCGCUUCUUCCUGCGCGAACACGCCAACACAGCGACGGCAACGAGGACUUCAAGGCCCGAGGCUACGUUACCGAACGCCGACGUCGCUGGGGCCGGCAGCUCAGCGCAUAACGAGGUCAUUGACGCUGCACCUCGUGUAACAGAAAGGACACCCGGCCCAGCAGCCGUGCCGCGUCAUCGCACAGUGGUCCUGCCGAAACUUCAGAUACCUACAUUUUCCGGCGCACUUCGCGACUGGCAGACCUUCUGGGACCACUUCAGUGCCACGAUCCACCGUAAUGAAGACCUUCUGCUGAUUGAGAAAUUUAAGUACCUCCUCUCGUAUUUGAGUGGCGCCGCGAAGAGAGCCAUCAAAGGCAUUAGACUCACGGAGGACAAUUAUGCGAUCGCCAUCAGGACCUUGACGGAGCGAUUUGGUCGACGCGACUUGCUCAUCAACGAGCACAUCGGCCACCUGCUCGCCCUACCACCAGUCAAUUCUUCGGCAGAUGUCGACAAACUUCGCCUACUCUACGACAAGGUGCAAUUUCGCGUCUCGGCACUGACCGGUUUGGGCGUCUCACCCGACCAGUACAACGUGGUCCUCAACCGCGUCCUAAUGAGGUGCCUGCCUGACGACCUCGCGAUCCUCUACCGGCAGAAGUCCAAAGAAGCCGCGCAGGAUACGUCCGGUAUAGCGACCCCUGAAGAAAGAGCUCGUCAGGAUGCAGAAAUGCUAAGCUUCCUGCGCAUACAAAUUGAGGUUCGAGAGGAAGGCAGGCCAGGACAAACGCCGUCUGCUUUCUCGCGGUUACUGCCCGAAGAAGAUGUCGAACCUCCGUCAGCACCGAUGGGACAUUUGCCUACAGCGUCCGCACUUGCUGCCGAAUCUGUUGCAGUUACGGAAGAGGUGUGCCCCUUAUGCAGCAGUUGUCAGCACACCAUCGCGGACUGCAACGUUCAACUCUCAGCUGAGGAAAAACGGGCUCGGUUGCGCACUGCUCGUUGCUGCUACCGUUGCGGCUUGCAAAACCACAUGGCGCGUUUUUGCCGACGUGCGCGCAGCAUCAUCUGUAGUAUGUGCGACCGACGACAUCUCACUAUCCUCUGUGAACUGUUCACGCCGGCAGCCCCAACCCAUGUAAACGCAACGACAGUGAACCAAGACAAGCCUCGCAUCGCCGGGCGAGGCACGAACACGCCGUCAGUGACAUCGGCCCCAAGCGCCCUGAGCGGAAUCAACGCCGUUCUUCUCCAAACAGGACGAGUCUGGAUCGAGUGCGGGUCCCAAAAGCGUCUCGUGCGCAUUCUUCUUGACAACGGUAGCCAGCGCACAUUCAUCCGAGCGGAUGUCUCAAAGGACCUCAGAUGCCCGGUUAUCGGAACCGAAGAACUUUCCUUGGUGACGUUCGGCCACUCGAAGCCCCGCGAAGUAAUGCGCAGUCGACGGUUAGCUUUGACUUUACGAGGCCAACGUAGGGACAUAGCGGUAACCGUGCGGGCCUUGGAGGUCCCCGAAGUGUGUGCAGUUACAAGCCCGCCGCUCAGCACUGAUAUUUUGCAGCUUUUGUGCGACAAGAACUAUGAUGCUGCAGACAACGUUCAUCCCGACACAUGGCACCCACGGGAAGUAAGCGCAUUACUUGGUUCCGACGUCUACUGGAAAGUCGCGACGGGAAAGGUUGAUCAUUUAGGCAGCAACCUGACGGCCGUCGAAACCAAGUUCGGCUGGACCGUUCAGGGCACCACGGAACGCGAAAGAAGUUCAGCAUCUACGAGCGCUCUAUUCCUGCACUGCAGCACGAAGUUAGUUCCUGACUGUGAUCUUUCUGAGAUGUGGCGUCUCGACGUCAUGGGGAGCAAGGCACCUGCUCAGGAAAAGAGCAAGGUUCCGCCAGAACUUGAGGCAUUUGAAGAGGGCAUUAUCAAGCUAGACGGGCGCUACCAGGUGCCGCUGAUUUUAAAGGAUCGAGGAAUACCUGCCGGCAGCGACAAUCGAUGGUUGGCGGAGCACCGUCUGCAAGCACAAUUAAAUAGGUUCAGACCACAGCCCGAACUCCUCAAGCAGUAUGACACGGCAAUCAGAGCGUAUUUUAACGAGUACCACGCAGAGCGAGUUGAAGAAGAGCUACUGCCAAGAGAAAAUGUGUAUUAUAUGCCUCAUCAUGCCGUCAUACGAAGAGAGGCCGUUACGACAAAAUUUCGGGCGGUGUUUGACGGUUCCUCGCAAGCGCUUGGCUAUCCCUGCCUGAAUGAUGUUCUGUUCAAGGGUACGAAGCUUGGAGUUGACACUGUGCAGCUGCUGCUCACCUUCCGAUGUCACCCGGUAGUCCUUAUCGCGGACAUCAAAAAGGCAUACUUGCAGAUGCUUAUUCGCCCGGAAGACCGCGAUGUGCUGCGAUUCCUCUGGAUUGAUCGGUUGCCCUCGGAUGAUGAUCCAUCUCCAUCUGUGGUGACGUGGAGAAUGACGCGGGUCCCGUUCGGAGCCUCGUCUAGCCCAUUUUUGCUCGCAGCUACCAUUCGACCACACCAAGCACUCUGUCGAGAACAACAUCCCGAGACUGUAGCAUUACUAGAGAAAGCCUUUUACGUCGAUGACCUUAUCGUGGGACUUCCGAAUGUGGAAGAAGCUGCCACAGUGUACAAUGAAGCACUCAAGAUAUUCUCGGAAGCAAGCAUGGAACUGCGCAAGUGGGAUUCCAAUGCACAUGCAUUGCGAGAAAGCUUGCUUAGAGACAAGAUUGCUUUUGAAAACGAAGCCGGAGAGAGUGCCCUAAUCAAAGUCCUCGGUGUACCUUGGGAACGUGAAGGCGACAGAACUGUCCUCAUGGUGCGCGAAGCGUCGGACUUCACUGCGAACAAGCCUUCAACCAAGCGCAUUGUUCUCCAGACAUUAGCCAGAGUGUACGAUCCGUUGGGGUAUCUAGCUCCAUUUUCGCUCAGGGCAAAGCUACUGCAGGACAAAGCGAUGCCCUCCCGCCAGAAGAACAAGCAAGCUGGAACAGUUGGCGCACUGAAUUGGUCAGCAUGA